AUUGGUCACAACUUUGAAAGCUAGGAAACACAAGGUCACUUGAGGGACAAUUCGAAGUGUUGGUUUGAAGGUUUUUUUAACUCCAGUUUGAAAACUACUCCAUGUUACAACUCAAAUGUUCUUUACAGCCUAGUUGUUUUGUAUAAGCAUAUCAUCUGUGGACCUUGUAUUAUACUCCCUGAUGAAUCGGGUUACAAACUAGUAACCAGUAGUUUUUGAAGAUUAUUCAUUUGGCUCUUCAAUGAAUUAUAUUGUAAAAAAGUACAAUGUCUGAGGACGAUCAAAAUUCUAAGGAGAUUGUAACAUCAUAUGAUGAAAUAUUGGAGAUCACAGGAUUGUUAGCUAUGCGUGAUAAUUCAAUGUCAUGUGUCACUGAAAAGAAAGAGACUCCUAGUUCAACGGAUAAUGCCAAUAAUGGUGAUGUUAGUAAUGAUGAUAUUGUAUUACCAAUACAAAGUUGUACACAAUUACCACUUAGUCCUAGUCUGGUAUCCUUAAUUGAAGAUGGUGGUCCUAAUUGUCGAACAAUUUCAAUUGCUAAAACCAAAAAUAAUAACAUCGGCUUUACAUUUACAGAAAUAAAACAGGGAUUAUUUGUUUCUCAUGUAGACGAAAGAUCUUCUGCAAAGUUGAAUAAAGUACGUUUUGGUGAUAAGAUUCAAUGCAUAAAUGAUACAGAAGUUACAUCUUAUACUCAAGCUAAACAACUUAUUGAAGAAACACAUCCAACUGUAAAUUUUUCUUUUAUCGACUGCCCUUAUAGAGAAGUUAAAACAAUUUAUAAAAUUCAUGGAAAAUGUGGUCUUUUCAUCAAUGAUGGUAUGAUUUUAGAUCGUACAAAAUAUUUCAGUGCAAAAAGUGAUAAAAUUCCAUUGAAUUAUUAUAUUACUGAAAUUGAUGGUCAUAGUACUGUUCGUCUAUUAGAUGAGAAAAUAGUUUUAUUAGUUGAACGUGCUAAUUCACCAUUCUCUCUUCAUAUUGUACCUCAAUGGUUUUAUGAAUAUCUUGUUUUUGGAUUAGAUCCAUCAGGAAAUGAACUCAAAAAAGGUAAACGAACACUUUUUAACUGUUUCCAUAAAUCAUGAAUACAUAACUAGGGAUAAAUGAAUGUUAAUUAAUUCUUUUUGUCUAUAUUAUGUAUACUUAAUCAUAUUUCUUUCUAUUUAUUUAUCAUUAACCAGAAUAUUUACUAUUAUUAUUAUUAUUAUUGACAUGUUAUUGUAAAUCAUGGAGAUGAACUAGCAAAAAAAAGAAAACAAUUCUAGACUAUUCUACCCUGUUUUCUCCAAUUCCCUCCCCCCUCUGUGUACUUCACUCAUCUAUUUGCCUUUCCGCAAUCUCCAUAAAGCGCCAUUUUGUUUUUGUAAAAACUCAAAUGUAUUUUGUUUUAUGUUAGUUGUUUGUUUUGUUUUCCGGUUCUUUAGUAUUUAUUUUCAUCAUAUAAUAUUUUUGUUGUUAAUUAUUUGUUCAUAUCAGUGACCUUAUUUUCUUGGAAAAUUGCCUUUGUUACUACCGUUAUUAUUAUUGUUUGAUAUUUUAUCAUUGUUAAUUUGUUUAUUGUCCAUGAGAAUUUCUCAUUUGGUUUUUAUUAUCACAGUUAGUAUUUAUCAAUUUUUUCCUUUUUCUUUUCUCUCUCUAAAAAAGAGUAAUUCGAAGGAAUGUUUAUUAUUAUUAUUUAUUAAUAAUAAUAAUAAUCUGAUAGAAUUCACUUGGUAUUUGUUAUUAGCAUUAUCCAAUCGGGAAGCUACACGUAGGAAUCCUAGAAUAUUCUUCCGAAAGGUGAUUGGAUGGAACGUCUUCGGCUCCUGAGCCUCUUACACCUUCCUCGAGUUCGCCGGUGGUCCGUCGUCACAGUAUUGUUUUAAUUGAAUCUUCCUAUUGAUGUUUAAGACUGCAAUUGAUCAAUUUCUUAUUGGCAUAUAUGCAUACUGUGCGUAUUGCCUCGAUAUCGCUAAGUGUAUAAUGUGAUGGCGUUUGAAGCGAAUGGUACCGGGUUCGAGUCCAAGAGUGAACAUCAACUUUAAGAUGCCGGUGCAUCCAGCUGACGAGUUCCAAAUAGGACAAAACAUGUGUCCUGGAUUCCACUGUUAACCACUAUCCAUCUUUUCUUAUAAUCUGAUAGAUUAUUUUCAUAAUGUCGCCUUGUUUUAACUAAUUUAGUCCAAUAUAGCUCUGUAAUUGUAAACACUUUAUAAUUGAUAUGAUCAAUAGGUGAUACGAUUACUGUUACCGGAUUGUUUGAAUCAGAAUUAAUGUUAUAGAAUUCAGAUACGGUUAUUUCCGGUCAACGUCGUUAUUAUUUCCAUGAAUUUGAUUCAACAACUAACUUGUGUUAAAUAAUAGAUAAACCAACUCAUUGAUUUGUUGUUUGGUUCAACUUUUUUUUAACACAGAAAAAUAACUUUAAAUACCGUUUAAAGUAACAUACAGAUCCAAUAGAUUCAGAUCAUUGAUAAUGUUACAUUAUGAAAUGAUGGCAAAAAUUAACCGGUAUACUUAGAGUAGAAUCUAGUGUAUUUGAAUUUGUUUCAAAGGUUCUAUCAAGUGAAUAAAAGCUAUAUGAGAUGAGAGCU